AUGAUCGGACAUUACGACCACACCCAGUCUGCUGACACUGAGUAUCUCAAAAUGAACGACACAGCGACGAUCCACCUGCCGCGCAUUCUAUGUCUUCACGGCGGGGGCACUAAUGCAUUCAUCUUCCGUAUGCAGUGUCGUGUGCUUGAGAAGCGUCUCAAACGUUCUUUCCGUCUCGUAUAUGCCCAGGCGCCAUUCAUCAGCGUAGAGCCUGGACCGGAUGUGACGUCUGUAUACAAGGACUGCGGGCCUUUUAGGGUCUGGCGCCGCGAUCAUCGCAUGCCUGGAGUCUGGACGUCCGAAGAUGUUGCUGCGGGAAUCGAAACCGCUCUUGCGCUUGCCAUGGCUGCCGACGACGCCAAGGGGGCCACUGGAGAAUGGGUCGGCAUAUUGGGGUUUAGCCAGGGAGCAAAUGUGGCAGCUAGCAUUCUUUACCGGCAACAGAGUUACGGAGUGACCAGUUUUCGUUUCGCUGUUCUCUUUGCUGGUCGCGGGCCAUUGGUUUGGCUCAUGCCCGAGCUUCCUCAACCGCAUGGCUUGAUCGACGCUGCGACACCCUUCACACACCCCGCUCCGGCCUGGAUCACUCUAGGCUCUACCGAACACAUAUUGCGAUUACCUACGAUACACGUCCACGGACUUAAAGACCCCGGGCUGGACCGACACCGAGACUUACUUCGGGAUUAUUGCGAUCCGUUACAGGCCACGCUCCUGGAGUGGGAGGGUGGACAUCGCAUGCCGAUCAAGAGCAAAGACGUCGAAGUGGUUGUCCAGCAGAUUAUGAAAGCCGCAUGGGAGACAGAGUGCAUUGCUGAUGGUCAGCCUUGGUGGCAUAGUAUUUAA